AUGCCUGCUGAUUAUAUUGAUACUACGGUUUUCGGCUUGCUGCUUUUAUUCAUCCUUCUUUAUGGACGCUAUGCCGGCAGAAAGGUCCACACACUGCCACCCGGUCCAAAGAGGAUCCCCAUAUUCGGCAAUCUAUAUCAACUGCCUUUGAAACAGCAAGCCAAAGAGUUUCAAAAGUGGGCCGAAAAUUAUGGUGACAUAUUCUACUUUGACGUUUUUGGCCAGCCGGCGUUAGUGGUAAAUUCUAUGCAAGCAGCGUUUGAUCUUAUGGAUAAGCGAGGCUCCAAAUAUUCUGAUCGCCCGAGGACGGUUGUGCUGACUGAGCUUUCCGGGUUCGAUCCCUCUGCAUCGCUCCUUCCUUACGGAAAUCAGUGGCGACAACACCGCAAAUGGUUUACCACCGCGUUUCAGACGAAAAGCUCUCUAGGGAGUUACAAGUCACUCGAGGAGAAACAUGUUCGACGAAUGUUGGCCGCACUCAUCGACACACCGGCCAGAUUUAUGUUUUACCUGAAGAGGUCCACAGCUGCCACCAUACUAGAUAUUGCAUAUGGAUACACUGUGUCAUUGGCUGACGACGAAUAUGUCGAGCGGAUGGACAGCGCGAUCGCGUUGUCUUUUGGAGCAGGUAAUGCAGGGUCAACGCUGAUCGACUUCUUCCCCGUAUUGAGGCAUAUACCCAGCUGGAUGCCAGGCAUGGGAGUCAAGAGGAAGGCGUUAGAAGCGUCACACUCGAUAAGGGCAAUGCACGAUGAUCCUUACAACAGAGUGAAAAACGAGAUAGAAUUGGGAUCUGCAAGACCAUCGUUCUUGGCUUCUCAUCUCAAAAAAGCUAUAGCAAAUGGGGCGUUGACAAAAGAGCUUGAAUACAAUCUGAAAGGAGCUUCGGCAUUGAUCUACAUAGUCAACGUUUAUCAUCAAUUAUCGGACUGGGCUAAAACUGCACGGUAG